AUGCCUACUAAAGUCGGUAUCAACGGUUUCGGCCGUAUUGGUAGAAUUGUCUUCAGAAAUGCCGUCGAGCACGAGGACGUCCACGUCGUCGCCGUUAACGAUCCCUUCAUUGAGCCCAAGUACGCGGCAUACAUGCUCAAGUAUGACAGCACGCACGGCAUAUUCAAGGGCACAAUCGAGGUCAAGGAGGAUGCUCUGAUCGUCAACGGCAAGGAGGUCAAGUUUUACAUGAAGAGAGAUCCUGCUGAGAUCCCUUGGUCCGACACGGGCGCAUACUACAUCGUUGAGUCGACCGGUGUCUUCACAACCACAGAGAAGGCCUCUGCCCACUUGAAAGGCGGUGCAAAGAAGGUCGUCAUCUCUGCUCCCUCAGCCGAUGCUCCCAUGUUUGUCAUGGGUGUCAACAACGAAUCCUACAAGUCCGACAUCCCUGUUAUCUCCAAUGCCUCUUGCACCACCAACUGCCUUGCACCUCUGGCCAAGGUCAUCAACGACAAGUUCGGUAUGAAGGAGGGUCUAAUGACGACCAUCCACUCAUACACCGCUACCCAGAAGACCGUCGACGGACCUUCGGGCAAGGACUGGCGAGGCGGUCGUGCUGCUGCUCAGAACAUCAUCCCCAGCAGCACUGGCGCAGCCAAGGCUGUGGGCAAGGUCAUCCCGACUCUUAACGGCAAGCUCACUGGCAUGUCCAUGCGUGUUCCCACCUCCAAUGUCUCGGUCGUCGAUCUCACUUGCGUGCUCGAGAAGCCUGCCAGCUACGACGACAUCAAGCAGGCAAUCAAGGACGCUGCUGCCGGUCCCCUGAAGGGUAUUUUAGCAUAUUCCGAGGACGAGCUGGUCUCCAGUGACCUGAACGGUGACCUUCACUCCUCCAUCUUUGAUGCCAAGGCCGGUAUCGCCCUCAACGACCACUUCGUCAAGCUUGUGUCCUGGUAUGACAACGAGUGGGGCUAUUCCCGACGUGUCAUCGACCUGUUGGCCUACAUCGCAAAGGUGGAUGCCGGAAACGCUUAG